AUGCCUUCCCUCUUCUCGCGCUCGCAGCAUGCUCCCAAGAAGGAUCGUGCCCCCGCCGUGCUCGUCGCCAACCCUAGCGGACCGGAUCGCCGCGUCCUAGGCCUUGCGAAGACAUGGAACGGGUCGAGCGUGCAGUCCAACUCGAACAUCAGCGAGUUUGGAACGGUGCCGCCUGUCUCACAUGCCUCGGCUCUGGCCAACGGCGUCAACAUGUCCAGCUCGCCCUCCGAACAGUCUCUGCUCCCUGGCCCGCCGGCCUUCCUGCCAACGACAGUGCCGUUGAGCGCGACCCAGGCCAUCACGUCAGUGGACGCCGGGCGCAGCGCUGAGAGCUCUGGAAGGCCGUACGGCUUCCUCGCGGCUGUGGGGCGCAACGUGAUUCUUGGCAUCGAUGAGGUUGCCAGGAUCAUCCGCGAAGUCGGUGCCGAGUUGUCACGACGAUCGGCCAAGUACCCGUAUGACGCGUUCAACACCCUCGCUACCAUUCUCUCCGCCGAUGUCUACAACUACAUCAUCUCCCCGCUGUUCGCCCUUUUGUCAAAGUGCACAGCCCACUCGCACAACUCUGGACUGACGCCCCACGCCCUGGCGUCCUACUUUGCGCCUCUUCUUUUCGACAUCCCGACCAAUGUGACAUGUCUCGCGUCCCAUGCCGUGUUCGUGCGCGCGGCGGCCGCCACGGAACAUAUGAUCCUCGCCAAUAUUCGCUCGUCGGGUCGGCCAACCGAGGGCGGCGGCCUCGGCCUGACGGACCUGCCGUCGAGACUGAAGGAGUGGGUCACCGGCUACCCUUCCAUGGUCGUGUCGGACGCCGAUCUGUCUCGCGGUAUGCCCCGCCGGGCAACCCGUGUCAUUCGUUGCGAGACGGCAUCGCGCACGGUCCGCGCCUAUUCGCGAGAUCUCGUUGCCAGCGCAGAGCUCUGGGGCACCGAAACGCCAAACUGGGACGCUUGGAACCGUGUUGUUCUGAAGGAGAAGCGGGGAGAGGCUGCCCGGCCCAAGUUUUCCGCGUCCUACCGUCGCAAGAUGGCUGUUAAGGAGACGUUACCGCUGCCGGCGUCUUCGCAGCGAUCACAGCAGGUCGUCUACGGUGCUCCCCUGAACCAGGGAGGAUCUGUCACGAAAAUUGAGAAGGACGAGGGCGAGGCUGGCCGCUUCGCGUCGCUCGCCGGCAAGGAGUGGAGUGCGUUUGAAGAGCUCGGCUUCGACUCGCAGGCGACGUCCCGGCGAGGAGAGCCCGAGCGGCCAGACAUGCAAAGCCGGCUGCAGUUCGAUCUUAACGAGAGUGCCAAACAGAGCGUAGCUGAGCGACGCCAGACGAUGGACUGGAGCGACUUUGCUGACGGUGGCUUCACUAGGACCGAGUCAUACUUGACCGCGUCGCUCACGUUCUCGGCCCCGAUCCAAUCUUCGAUCACCGAGUGGCCGAAGGAGCGCGACGAGCUGCAGCGUCGCCUCCACAAGACGCAAAAGGAGGCAACGCCGUUUAACUACGACACGACGCCGCGCUUCGGACGCCACUCGGGCGUCGAGGGCAUCGACGACAAGGGUCGCGUGUACAUCGAGGAGGCGUUCAUUGACUGCUGGACCGAUUUCAUGAUGGGCGCGGGCUGGAUGGACCGCGACGAGCUCACCUUCAAGGAGGCAUCUUGGGCGCUUGUCGAGUACAGGGCCAAGCCGAACCACCCGGACGCUGUCGACAGCUUUGCCGACGACCCGCGAGACACUGAGCUGCACUUCCUGUUCGAGGAGCGUGUGCCCUUAGAAUACCAGAUGGCGAUCGCCGACCCGAAGCGGAAGAAGACGCUGGGCAAGCUGUUCGCGAAGCGCAGCAAGAAGCAGCAGCCGCCUCCCAAACUCUCGCCUAGGGACGACUUUGAAAAGAUGCUCACGGUCAACCGGACACAGCAGAAGCGCAUCAACCUCACACGCGCCGACCAGUCCGUCUCGUCCCAGCUCUGGCAGGCGCUCAACGAGCCGUCGCCCACGGUCAAGAAGUCCAACAGCGUCUCUAGCAACGGCCAGGGCUACUUCCCGCCGCAGCAGCCGAAAUCCGCCUCGCCGAAAGAGGCGCCUCCUCUCCCCGAGAAGGAUGGCAAGCCUGUGAACGGAUCGUCCAAAACGCGCAUGUUCAAGUCGAUCCGCCGUGUCAAGUCGAACGGCAGGCAGCGUGAGGCGGCCAAGCAGCGCGAGGUCUCGAUGGACUUUGAGGUUCAGUCUGCGUCGGGGCUCAGCUCUGGCACGAGCAGCCCACAAAACGACAAGUCACUCAAGGACGAGGAGAAGUGGAUGGACAUUCUUAUCGCGAAUGGAGCCCGUCCUAUGGCUCAAGCCGUGCCGCCCUCUGGUGCGCCGCUGCAAGCCGCCACGAGCCAGUCGUCUACCAUCCGACGUGUCUCUCCCUCCUCGCGCAAAAGCCCGCCCGCGGACGACCUGACGCCGCCCGCCUCGCAACUCGGCGACAUGCACCUGCGCAACCCGUCCCCUCCCAAGGCUGCCGGCCUCCAGUCCCCGAUCCACAUGAACGGCCACGCAUUCGAGAACGGACACCGUGGCGAGCCCAUCUACGAGCCGCCCGAACUGAGCGUCACGCGCUCGCAGGACUCGUCGUACGAGGACUCGACGCGCGAGUCGGUGCUCACGAGCGACGACGCUUCUGUCCUGCCCUCGGACUCGAUCUCAAUGCGGCGCCCGACGUCGGACGCCGAGUCCGAGCCCUUCUCGCCCAUCGAGGCGCCGCCUCUCCCCAUCCCGCCCGUGCAGACGUCGCGCGGACCUCUGCCUCCCCUCCCGCCUGCGGCCGCCAAGCGUGCCCUGCCGCCGACACCCCAGCAGCCGAGCGAGUACCAGCAGGAGCUGAUCCAGCCCCGCCCCCGACAGCACAGCGACCGCGAUGCGAUCGCCUCGAUUGUGGACGGGUACGGCCGCGACAGUGUUGCCGACGACGUGUACGGCGGCCUGCAGCGGGACUCGAUCUUCAGCCAGACGUAUGCGUCCGAGCGCGGCGACAGCAUGUACGACCCCCGCGAGAGCACCGACGGCGGAUACGUCGAGGACCUGCCGCCCCCCGGCCCCAUUUUUGACCUCACCCCCGGUCGCGAGCCCUCGCCCGCGCGAUACAAGCAUGGCGAGCCGCUGCAGUUUGUCGGUGAGGAGGACGAGGAAGAGGAGGAGGACGAGUACUAUGGGCGCCACAGGUACUAA